UAGACGCAGGUAUUUAUCUGUAACCUGAUAGAAUAAUAAAGUAAGAAAAAAGGUAUCCCAGUGCUGCUAAUAAAAGGGAAGAGAUUGUCUUUAUAUAUUAGGUUUACCGAAAUCGCUCUGAACUUAGCGGCGGCCUGUCAACUACACUGACAACUAACCGUUACAGAACCAGAGACAUUUCUUUAGCAGCACGUUGCAAGAAUGUUCCAGGUAGCAAGUUUACGACUAAUAAAGUUGCUAUUUCCAAGAGUAGUCUGUCUCAAAGCAACUGCACCUUACUGUGUACAGCCAGGGGAGAAGAGAGCAGGGAGUAUUCUGAGUUCUAGAGAAUGUCGACAGCCGACAGAAAAUGCCCCCAUCAUCGAAAAACUUCCUUUUCAAAGAUACUCUGACGACAUCGUAAGGACAGGAAUAUCAGUGACCAACGCCUGUGAAAAUAAUGUCUUAUCGCUCAUUGACUCUGUACCCGUGCCCUCAGCAAGCGGAGUGUUCACCAUCGGUGACUAUGGAACCAGUGACGGGGCUGUGUCUCAACAACUGAUUCACAAAAUCAUCGAGCGUUUGAGAAAAAAACAUGGCCAAGAUCUCAACAUUCAGGUGUUGUACGAAGAUCAACCGUCAAACGACUUCAACAGCCUCUUCAAAAGAGUUUACGAGAAGACAUCGUAUUUGUCGCACUUCAGCAAAGUGUUUCCCCUUGCCUGUGGAACCAGUUUCUAUGAGCAGUGUGUUCCUGAGAAGUCAUGUGACCUCAUCAUCGCUACACUGGCAUCGCACUGGCUGUCUACAGACAAUUUUGUGCGGUCUUCGAAUUCCAUCUUUCCAUGGCUGUCAACGUCGAGGGAAGAGCUAGGGGCUUACAAAGAGACAUGCCAGUACAACUGGGAGCAAUUCCUCCAUUUUAGAGCAAGAGAGCUAAAGUUAGGUGGCGUUCUCUUUGUAGCACAAACUCUUCGACCAACAGGUAAACAAUCGCAACCUGACAGUGGUCAUAGGGAGACAGGGACACAUGACACUCUAGUAGACCUUGACCUGUCAUGGAAAACGUUGUACACAGAGGGCCUGAUAACCGAAGAGGAGUUUCAAGCGUGCACAAUACAGAUGGCAAUGCCAUCUUUACAGGAGAUAAAAGCUCCUUUUGAUGGACUUAAGUCCCGUGUUCGACCUCUUGGACUGAGCUUCCUGCAAGAGCCAGAACAAUUGAUAGUCCCAUCGACCGCUAUAAGUUUGUGGCGCAAAAAAAUAAAAACUGAUGGUGGUGAUGACAGAGGCUGCUUUGCUGAUCUCCUCACAAAAGAAACGAGGUUUUGGUCAGAGAGGACCUUCAGAAACAGCCUUGUGAACACUCGCAGUGCGGACGAACAGUCGGCUAUAAUAAACCGUCUCUACCACACGUUUCACAGCAAAGUUGCGGCGAAAGAUCCAGAAAAUUAUCAAAGUGAUUGGGUUUUGUGCACGCUCGCUGCUCAGAAAUGUAACCAAACCUGUCAGUAAACUUUGAAUACUUACCAUAGAUUCUUUGAUUUCAACGACAAGAAGAUUGGUGUAGCUGUUUAAUCUCUAUCGAUGCAAUUUGUGAAGCUAUUAUUAUCCUUCCCGCUCACUGUCGUCUGCCACAGUAAGGGACGCUACUCCAGCAUAAUUGCUAUGUAGGGCACAGAGUUAUCUGAUUAGUUGGGCAGCGACGAGACACUGGGCAGCUUUCAAAAUAACUUGCCUAGCACCCAACUCUUCGCAGUAUUGUUUACUUGCCUGUAACCUUUUUUUUUUUUUUUUUCCUAUGUGUUUAACCGUCGGUGACUAUGGAACUCGUGAUGGGUUUGCGUCUAAAAAAUUGUUUCACAAAAUCAUAGGGAAGUGGAGAAAACUUGAUUACUAAAAUAAAAUAUUAUUCUUAUUUUUAUAAAAAUAACUUUUUUCAUUUAACUCAAAAUAAAUAAAAACUAAGCUAAAAUAACACUGGACUUUUAGUUUCAACAAAGGUAAAGAAAUUCUGUUAACUCCUCGGUUGUUUGCGAGUGUAGUGUUUAUGCCACUUAAUUAUUUUAGAACCAGUUUUGUGCAAGAAUAGUCCCCGACUAAUUUGUGUUGCUGAUGAUUUUCCUAGCAUUCAGAAGACUCCAGAGAUGUUUAACCGGAAAUAAGUGUGUUGCAUGUUUGUUUCGUAUUUCUCGUCUUGUUGCACAGUCACGGUUUGUGAGGGAGGUCAACCAGAGCAGUUUCUUUGCAAUAAUACUAUACUUGUUUGUCCAUUUUUAAAAGGUGUAGGUACUGAUAUAUGUUAUAUGUAAAACUUGAUAAAAAUAUGACAUUUUUAUGUGUGAUAUGAAUGUAGUUCUUGGGUGUGGUUGUAUCAGUCUUCUUACUAUGGUUUAUACGCUUCAUGGAAUGGAGUGUUCAACAUUAUCUUUUACUUAUUUUUAGACUUGGUUGCACGUUUUAAUGAGAAAUUAAAUGAGGAUUCUCUGGCGAGUUGACUUGAGUUAAAUGCUGAACUGAUUGUAUAGGCAUACAAAAAUUACAACAAUGCUUCAGCCCAAUGUGUAUACUGCGUAAACAAGUGGGCGGGGCAUCUUCGGCCAACCGUGUUGACAGCGUAAAGAAAGAGUAAAAAAAAGUCACUGUCGGCCAUAUUUUUAGUUACA